AUGGCUGAAGAUACAACGGCCGAUGCCACACGACGAUUAAAUGUUAAGAAACAGACUUUAGACGAUGCUUAUGCUGCACCGGCAAAUUUUUUAGAAAUCGACGUGGUAAAUCCUGUUACCACCAUGGGUGUUGGAAAAAAACGUUAUACGGAUUACGAGGUUCGCAUGAGGACGAACCUUCCCGUUUUCAAAGUAAAAGAGUCCAGUGUUAGAAGAAGAUACAGUGACUUUGAAUGGUUGAGGAAUGAAUUGGAAAGAGAUAGUAAGAUUGUGGUACCUCCUCUACCUGGUAAAGCUUUAAAACGGCAACUUCCCUUCCGUGGUGACGACGGUAUCUUUGAGGAUGAAUUUAUUGAAGAUCGCAGAAAAGGUCUAGAGGGAUUUAUAAACAAGAUCGCCGGACAUCCUCUGGCGCAGAACGAGAGAUGUCUUCACAUGUUUCUUCAGGAACCGACCAUCGACCGCAACUACGUUCCGGGCAAAAUUCGCAAUACAUAA